ACUGCUUCCUGUGCACCUCCAAAUGCUCAUGUCUGAGGCAACUGCAUCACUCUGCCUCAUGGAAAGGCCUCCCCUGGAUCCAUCAGAUGGUUGGAUUUCCAAAGGAGGCAGUUGGUCGGUGGGUGGAAAGGAAGUGACACGUCUAUGUAGCUACUCAGAGAGAGACUGAGGAACCAGGCCUGAAGCAACAGUUAUGUACGGCUAGCCAGACCCCUGUUGGUUCCCCAUAUCACCUGGCAUUGCUGGGAUGAUGAGCAGCAGUACCUUCCCUGCCCUUAUUUGGGUGACACCACAGAGCAGCAGAAAUAAGGAGAAACUGAAACUGUGACAGUGAUUAACCCUUCAACACAGAUUGCCCAGCUGCAGGCCCUGGCUUCUGAACUGAAAACUGGCUUCACUGAAGCAAUGCAGGAACUUUCAAGAAUUCAGCAUGAGGAAUAUGCUCUGGAGGAGAAAGUUCAAAGUUGCCGCUGUGCAAUGGAGGAGAAAGUGGCAGAGAUGAAGAACUCUCUGAACUGUUUCAAGGAAGAGCUCAGUGAUGCCAAGUCCAUGAUCGAGGAAAUCAGUGCCAAACAAGAAGAAAUGCAGCAAAAGAUAGAACAACUGCAGCAGGAGAAGAGGAAAGAACCUCGUAAGCUGAAAGCUAAAAGAAUACAAAAGGAGGAGCAUGGGUCACAAACAGUGCCCACACCUCUACAAGGUAGUCCAUUUCGAUCACUGAACCUCCCAGAGCCAGUUUUAAUUAAUGAAGAUUUUGUAAACCUUUUGCACAAUGCAACUUAUGAAAAAGUCUCUGAUUACAGACCCAUGACAUUGGGAGAAGGCAAUUUGAAAGGGCUAACAGGUACAAAUCUAGAGACAGAAGAAAGCCUCAGAUCUUCUUCCUCAGCUGAUGCUCAGUCAAAGGGCCAGUCAUCGUCUACAGUGUGGAAUCAGCCCAAGGAAAGUAAAGAGUGGGGGGAUGAAUAUAUUUCAAAGGACCAAACUGAGAAGCAAAGAGAACUUGGCCCAAAUAAAUAUAGCUCCAUGGAGAAAGUAUUGCGGGAAUCUUCUGUAGCAGCUAAAAGACAGAACAUUGCUUUGGACUUGUUGGAAUCAGAAAGGAAAUAUGUUGUUAACCUUUCCCUGAUACUCAAAAUUAAAUCUACAUUCCAUGGACCAGAAGUGAAGAGGAACACUAUGGAGAGAAGUUUUUUUCCAAACUCUUUGCGAUACCUGGCUCAGCAGCAUAUGGACUUACUUCAUGCCUUGCAGGAGAGAGUGUUGAGCUGGCCCCAGCAGGGAAUCCUGGGAGACAUAUUUCUUAAGCUGACCAAUGAUGAGAACAAUUUUUUAGAUUAUUACGUUGCUUACUUGAGGGACUUGCCAGAGUGUGUCUCACUGAUCCACGUAGUGAUUCUGAAAGAGAUUGAAGAAGAAAUUAAGUCUGACCUCUACAUAUUCUUCUUUCACAUAGUCCAGCGUAUUCCUGAAUAUCUUCUUCAUUUGCAGAAUAUUCUGAAGUAUACGGAACAAGAGCAUCCUGAUUACUACCUUCUCCUGGUUUGUGUUCAGCGCCUACAAGUUUUCAUCUCGCAUUACAGCCUUCUCUUCCAAUGCAACGAAGAUCUGCUCAUACAGAAACGAAAGAAACUGAAAAGAUCUUCUUUCAUAAAGUUAUAUAAAGGCCUAGCUUCUCAGUGUGCCAGCAGUGGCCAAGAUGCGUCUCCAACACUCAGCGCGACUUCCAUCCGUGACAGUGGGAUCCACUCUGAAGAGGCGAUGCAGCUCUUCCCAUCAGGACCUUCUUCCGGCACAACCUCUAUGCAUGUGAUGUCACACCUGAAGAAGAGCCCACAGCAGGGGAUGGAGAAUCUCCAGGGAAUGUCACCAUGUGAGUGGGAAACUGAUGGAAGAAGGCGUAACAGGCCCGAGAAUGUCUCUACUCCAUCUCAGUUCAACGAGCAGGAUCUGAAGGCUUUUGCAGCUUCCCUGCAAGCACUCCCGGACCUGGAAUACAGUGCUCCCUCAUCCAACUUGAAAGGAAAUCCUGAGAAAACUCGGAGGGCCUCAACAUCAGAUCUCUUCCACAAUGCCACAAGCUUCACUCCUGACUACGAAGACUUUGAGUACAGAGGGGACACGUACACCAUGCCAGGCCCCUAUGAGGAAGAGCCACUUCAAAACCUUUCUGCCUUUGAGACCUGCUCUCCUGCUUCUUCCGAGUCCAGCAUCGACAUCUGUUUCUUGAGGCCUGUCAACUUCACCGCAGAGCCAGAGAGGACUGAGCACACAGUGCAGCCCCUCCCCAAGAGUGGUGCGCCGGUCACCACCAGCAGCAACACCACCUACAAGCGUGAGGUUUUCCGAAGCAAAGGCAAACAGCUGAGCCGGUCGUUGAAAGAAUUCCCCCGCAGCGGGACGGAAGGUGUCAGCACCAGGCUCUACAGCACACGGAGCAGCAGCGGCAGCCGAGUGCCAAGCAAGCAGGAGCGGGGCUUCCAGUCCCACCCAGUCUCUGCCUCAUCCAGGAGCUCCCAACGAAACUACUUUCCUCCACAGAGAGGAGUGGGUGAAAAGCAAAGCUUUCUGGAAGAGAUGCAUUUAGAAGACAACACCAGAUUCUCUCAUAGAGAUGACAAUGAACAAACAUCUUUCAGCAACCACAAUCCAAGGCAAGAACAGAAAGGGCGCUUUCGCAGUUCCUUCCGCAAGCUCUUCAAAAAGAAAUAAGCAACCUACAGAAAAGUCAAUCCUGUCCCAUAGGCUUCAGCACUUCCCUUGGGUUCUUUGCUUUGAGUCCACGGGUUCUGUUUCUUCAAGCAGUUUUAGGACUGAGAAGUGAAACUAUACAUUACUAAGGUUGGUGAUGUAAAAUUAGAUUUUUUUUUUUUUAAGGACUCCAGCUUUGGGGCGUGUUCAGAGGAAAAAUCUGUAUAUAGACAAGGAUAGCCAGCUUCUAUAUUUCUUGGGCGGGGAGGAGGCACAAGUUCCUUUUACCAUCCAAUCAGACUCCUUCACAGAGGGUCUGAUUCUGUAUUCAAAUUGGAAUUACUCGGCAGUUAAGCCUUUGCAGUUAUGGCAUUAUUGAUGAUUUUAUAGGUAUGGUAUGAUAGCAUCAGUGCCCAUGUUGUCUCAUGGCUUCUCCAAGUUGCUUUUGGUCUAGACAUUUUGCAACCAAAACCCACAGACACCCCAUUCAAGUAUGAAAUCUCCUGCAACUUUGACCACACCUUUAUUAAAAUUGGGCAGGGUCUCAGGGGCUGGCUAAGGCUGCCUUGUGAAUGCUGAUGGGCCAGAGGGUGACCAUUCCCUGGAAGACACCAUGCAACUCUAUACAGUGUAUGGGCUGGUUCAGGAGAUGGAAAUGUGCUUUAUCUACAAAUUUCAGACAACAAUGUUAGACUACAAGUGAGAGUUAAUGUAUGGAGUUUCACAAGGCUCCAUACGUCUCCAAUGCUUUUUAACAUCUACAUGAACCCACUGGGAGAGAUUAUCAAAAGAUUUGGUGCAGGUUGUUAUCAAUACGCUGAUGACACCUGGAUUUCUCCAUUUCAGCUUCAUCAGGUAAUGGCAUAACGUCCCUAAAUGCCUGUCUGGAAGUGAUAAUGGGCUGGAUGAAGGAGAACAAACUGAAAUUGAUUCCAAAUAGGAUGGAGGUAUUGACUGUGGUGGGGUCAGAACUUGAGGAAAGGUUUAGAUCUGCCUGUUCUGGGUGGCAUUACACACCCACAGAAAGAACAAGUAUGUAGCUUGGGAGUGCUCCUGAAUCCAAAACAACUCUGGUUUCUUAGGUUGAGGCAGUGACUAGGAACAUGUUUUAUCAGCUUCAUUUUUGUAUUGUAUUUUAACAUAUGUACACCACCUAGGGAUGCAUAUGUCAGGC